AUGCGUAUCUCUGCGCCGAACGCGUUGAAGUCUGUGGCGCUGGUACUCUGCUGGUUUGGCUUGGUGCCAGAUCGUUUCGACCGCACCAGGAGUCUGUUGACGAUCGCCAGUGAAUUAGAAAGAACUGAUCCUCCACAGACAGAGACUGAUUCACCUUCUUCGACGGAGAACCUUCAAUAUGAGGGUUUGUUCGCACUUCCGGCUGACGGUGCGGAUCCGUUUGACGGAGUUUCUUUCCUAGCGAAUGCAGUAGCGUUGAAAAAGUCACACGUCGGCGAUGAGAUGCUGCAGAACAUGGCUGGACUGAUUCAGGAGCUAAUUCAUGAAGAGGCGCAUAAUAUACAGCAUCAGACGGACCUGUGGCUUAUUUCACAAACAAAAAUUGCAGUAGACACACUGCACAAGAAUCCAGCGGCAUUCCCGGCCACUGGAUAUUCCCUCCAGGAGGGAAGCAAUGGAGCGUUGUACGUGAAGGACGUAAUGAAUGAUGUAAUGGGAAUGGCCUUGCCUGGGCUGUCCGCUGCAACCCCUCCUGAAGACAGGAGAGGAGAUUUUCCCAUAGAUUUCGGCUACAACACGACCCACCAGCGCACUGUGAAGUUCUCUUUCGGUGAUUCGGAGGUGACCGUGGCUUGCGACAAAAUUCUGCACUCUGGAGCGACUGUCGGAGUGUCUCACGGCUCCUAUGCAGUUACGAUACACGGAAGCAACAACAGCAAAGAAGGCACAAAUGCCCCAGGGCCUCCUGUGGUGGACACUGGCCUCUCCCCCACCAACCCGAAUGAUAUCGUAUUCGGAGCACCGCCAAUGCCUCAAGCAAGGAUAAGUACUUCGGCAGGCCCAGGAUCCAUCGUAGCAUCAUAUCAAAACACGAGAAUAAAGUUCGACACGCACCCUGAAGGAAAGCGACACGGCGCCGAGUUCGGAAAUAACGACUUCGUUAUUGGAGUCACACGUGAUUUUGACGACAGAAUCAACAUCGUGAAACAUGAAGUCGGACCGUAUUCAAUUCUGCUAGAGACCGAUCUAGCAGAUGAUAAAGAUCAUGCAUAUUCGGGGAGGCUGACAGCCAAAACGCCACAGACCGGCCGCUUGGUAUUUGGCGGAGGGUUUGACGAAACAAAUUACCCAACGACGGCUCUUGCCCUUGAAGCAAGAGACAUGAGCAUCACAUUCAACGGAAAAAGAGGGGACCCUGGGUAUAAUGUGCGCAUUGGUCCCUUCGUUUUUGACGUAGUAUUGUCAAACGGGCUGCCUGAGUUCAUCCUCCGAGAAGUCAAGCCAUAA